GUGAAGAGCGAAGACGAAGCUACCUUGAACGCCGGCGAUGCUGAACCCGACUCGAACAUCGUCUGGUGGGAUGGGGAGGACGACCCCGAGAACCCAUACAACUGGCCGGCGUGGCAGAAAUACCUAAACUGUGGCCUCAUUAGCGCUCUUACCUUCAUCACACCGCUCGCGUCUUCAAUCUUUGCGCCCGGAGUCCCAGAACUCAUGGUGGACUUUAAAGAGACGAACCAGGAGCUUGGGGCCUUUGUGGUUUCCGUAUAUGUCCUCGGUUUCGCAUUCGGUCCCAUGUUGAUGGCACCGCUCUCCGAGGUGUAUGGGCGGACUAUAGUUUACCAUGUCUGCACCAUUCUUUUUCUCUGCUGCACUGUCGGAUGUGCCUUGGCCCCAAGCAUGGCCGCUCUCAUUGCCUUCCGGUUCCUGGCUGGUUCUUUUGGCGCCUGUCCCAUGACGAAUGGCGGCGGCAGCAUUUCCGACAUGAUAGUCCAGGAGAAGCGCGCUGUUGCAAUGUCAACCUUUAGCAUUGGUCCCUUGAUCGGACCUAUCCUCGGACCUGUUGUAGGUGGCGUGCUGGUAGACAACAAGGGCUGGAGGUGGGUCUUUUGGGUUGUGACCAUUGUCGGUGGCUUCCUGGCUGUAAUAAUGAUCUUGACGAUGUGCGAGACAUAUGCGCCUGUUAUUCUGAAGCGCAAGACUCAAAGGCUCAUUAAGGAAACAGGCAAUAUUAACCUUCGGUCGAAGCUUGAUACGGGUCUCUCAGAUGCGGAUCUCUUCAAAAGGGCUAUUAUUAGACCCACGAAACUUCUAAUCUUCUCUCCCAUCUGCACCAUAUUCGCCUUCUAUUUGAUGAUUGUCUACGGCUAUCUCUAUCUCCUCUUCACAUCGGUUCCCUUCAUCUUCGAGGGCGCUUACGGUUUCAGCGCCAGCACGGUUGGCCUUGUGUAUCUUGGUCUCGGCGUUGGCUCUUUUGUUGGCCUGUUUUGGUUCUCGAUUGAUUCCAAUAAGCAGCUGCAGAAGAUGAAGGCCUUGCAGCAGGAUCACAAGGAUGUGAAACCCGAGGUUCGCCUCAAGCUUCUACCCGUGGGCACGUUACUGCUGCCGGUUGGAUUCUUCAUCUACGGCUGGACGACAGAGUAUGAAACUCAUUGGAUAGCGCCUAUUGUGGGCUUGGCAGUGAUAGGAACAGGCAACUUGAUGUGCUUCAUGGCUGUCAGCAUGUACCUCGUCGACGCCUACAGCCUGUACGCAGCGUCUGCGCUGGCAGCCAACACGGUAAUGCGCUCCAUUGCGGGCGCCACGCUACCACUAUGCGCCCUCGAGAUGUAUGAUGCUCUGGGACUGGGCUGGGGCAACUCACUCCUCGCUUUUAUUGCCAUCGCUCUCUUCCCCAUUCCACUGCUCAUUAGGCGAUACGGGGAGAAGUUGAGAACCAGCUUCGAC